UACAGAAAGCUUUAUCACGUGUGGCCUUAAACUUGCAGCAAAUUGCAAAGAAAUGGCUCAAAAGCUUCAGCUCUCUCUGUGCCCUGGGAGCUGAGAUGCACGUCAGUGGCUUUUCUGCAGACUGCCAGAGAAAAGAGGCUAGGAGGAAAGAGGAAAGAGUCGAAAUUGCCCAGGGGUGAGACCAUGCCCUUCCUCUUUUCUUUCCCCUAAUUUGCUCUGUCUGUGUCCAUCCAGGCUCUCCUCACCUGGCAAAACUGCUCAGAGCUGCUGUAGAAUUCACCCCAGUUUUCUCUUUCAAUCUGUGGGGAGUGGGGUCCAGCCCCUCGCUGAGCACAUUGGGAGGAAUUGGCUGUCUUUGAUCUCCACCUCCAGGAUCAGAGUCAAGGAAUAUUUUCAUAAUGGACACUUCAUCCAAAGAAAAUAUCCAGUUAUUCUGCAAAAGUUCAAUGCAACCUGUCGGGCGAUCUUCCUUUAAAACAGAAUAUUCUUCCCCAAAGGAGAAACAACGAUGCUGUGGUAAACUGAAGGUAUUUUUGGGUGCCUUGUCUUUCGUCUACUUUGCCAAAGCAUUGGCAGAAGGCUACCUGAAGAGCACCAUCACUCAGAUAGAGAGAAGGUUUGAUAUCCCUUCUUCAAUGGUGGGAGUUAUUGAUGGUAGUUUUGAAAUUGGGAAUCUCUUAGUUAUAAUGUUUGUAAGCUACUUUGGAGCCAAACUUCACAGGCCAAAAAUAAUCGGAACAGGGUGCCUAAUCAUGGGAGUUGGAACAAUGCUCAUUGCAAUGCCUCAGUUCUUCAUGCAGCAGUACAGAUAUGAAAAGUAUUCUCCUUUCUCUAAUUCCACUCUCAGCCUCUCUCCAUGUCUCUUGGAGUCAGACAGUCAAUUACCUCUCUCGGUUAUAGAAAAAUCACAAUCCAAAAGAAAUGAUGAAUGUGAAAUGGAUGCCGGCUCUUCCAUGUGGGUUUAUGUUUUCCUGGGGAACCUUCUUCGUGGAAUUGGGGAAACUCCUAUUCAGCCUCUAGGCAUUGCCUACCUUGAUGAUUUUGCCAGUGAAGACAAUUCUGCUUUCUAUAUUGGGUGUGUGCAGACGGUUGCAAUUAUAGGACCGAUCUUUGGCUUCCUGCUAGGCUCAUUAUGUGCCAAACUGUAUGUUGACAUUGGCUUUGUAAACCUAGAUCAUGUAACCAUUACUCCAAAGGAUCCGCAGUGGGUAGGAGCCUGGUGGCUGGGUUACCUAAUAGCAGGAAUUGUAAGUCUUCUUGCAGCUCUGCCUUUCUGGUGUUUACCAAAGAGUCUGCCGAGACCCCGAAGUAGAGAGGAUUCCAAUUCCUCCUCUGAAAAAUCCAAGUUUAUUAUGGAUGAUCAUACAGAAUACCAAACACCUCUUGGAGAAAAGUCAAAAAUAAUGGAAAUGGCAAGAGAUUUUCUUCCAUCGCUGAAGAAUCUCUUUGGAAAUCCACUGUACUUGUUAUACUUGUGUGCCAGCACCGUUCAGUUCAAUUCUUUGUUUGGAAUGGUGACCUAUAAACCCAAGUACAUUGAGCAGCAGUAUGGGCAGUCAUCCUCUAAGGCCAACUUUGUUAUCGGGCUCAUCAACAUACCUGCAGUGGCCUUUGGAAUAUUCUCUGGGGGGAUAGUUAUGAAAAAAUUCAGAAUCAGUGUGUAUGGAGCUGCAAAACUCUACUUGGGAUCAUCUGUUCUUGGGUACCUCCUGUUCCUUUCCCUGUUUGCACUGGGCUGUGAAAAUUCUGAUGUGGCAGGACUAACUGUCACCUACCAAGGAACCAAACCUGUCUCUUAUCAUGAACGAGCUCUCUUUUCAGAUUGCAACUCAAGAUGCAAAUGUUCAGAGACAAAAUGGGAACCUGUGUGUGGUGAAAAUGGAAUCACAUAUGCAUCGGCAUGUCUCGCUGGUUGUCAAACCUCCACCAGGAGUGGAAAAACUCUUAUAUUUUAUAACUGUACCUGUGUGGGGAUUGCAGCCUCAAAGUCAGGAAAUUCCUCAGGCAUGGUGGGCAGGUGUCAGAAAGAUAAUGGAUGUCCCAAAAUGUUUCUGUAUUUCCUUGUCAUUUCAGUCAUCACAUCCUAUACUUUAUCUCUAGGCGGCAUACCUGGAUACAUACUGCUUCUGAGGUGCAUUAAGCCACAAUUUAAGUCUUUUGCCCUGGGUAUCUACACCUUAGCAAUAAGAGUUCUUGCAGGAAUCCCAGCUCCCGUGUAUUUUGGAAUUUUGAUUGACACUUCAUGCCUCAAAUGGGGAUUUAAAAGGUGUGGACGUAGAGGCUCCUGCAGAUUAUAUGAUUCAAAUGCUUUCAGACACAUAUAUCUGGGACUAACUGUGAUGCUGGGCACAGUGUCCAUUUUCCUAAGUAUCGCAGUACUUUUCACUUUAAAGAAAAAUUGUGUUUCAAAACAUAGAAGCUUCAGAACCAAGACAGAAGGAACAAUGGUGUCUACAAGAAUCAGGAAGGAAAAUUGUACUACAAGUGAUCAUUUGCUACAACCCAACUACUGGCCAGGCAAGGAAACACAGCUUUAGAAAAAUGAUGACUUGAAGCCAUGUUUUCUAAUUUCUGGAAGUCGUGCAAACAAAUAGAUUUUAAUCAAAGGGGUUUUAAAUGUGUCUUUUUUUUCUCCUUUCAAAAAAAAUGUCUUUGUUUUUGACCCUAGGUAUUACAUAAUGUACCUAAUAACAAAUAUAAUUAAACAUAUUACAGAAAAUGUGGAUAAUAAAGUUAAUCCAAACCUUUUAAAUCUUCCUUAUAUUAUUUAUACAAAUUCCUUAUUUUAUUUACUCAUUCUGCCUGAUUUUGCCUUGUGCCCAUUGAUGUAUUAGCUGUAUUCCUAGAACAAUUGUUCUAAUAGUCUAAUGGCUAUAUAUAAAGUAAUUUCUAAACUAAAAUACUUGUCAAGGGGAAGAGAGUCCUGUUAAAAAAUUAAAUUAUAUCUUGUCCUCCUUCAAAUAUGACCUUAAUGAAGAUGUUGGGAUAGAGCCAGAAUAUGUGGAGAAAGAUUUAAUUUUACACUCUUCCUUUCUUAUGGACUACAGUAAUUGAUACAGAAAUGUAUAGUGGCAAAUGAUCUUGGAGGAUUCAAAUUUUGGAUUAUUAGCUCUUCUGCCAUCCAUUAUGUGUACAUUGUGUGUGACACUUGAAGUGACCAUGGUGGUAAAGUAAUAAAAUUAUUAUUAACAUGUGUCAUUGUCCUUCUAUAAAUUCAGUGGAUUAAAAAAUACUGUUUAUACAAUACUGCCCAUAUUUUAAUGUAUGUAAGCUGCUCUAGACAUUGCACAUGAUGUGAUCCUAAAAUGCAUUUGAAAGUUGAAUUUCUGAAAGUCUACAGUAAGCUUAGGUGUUGUAACAGGAAUGAGGAGGUGAUGGGUUGAGUGAUGGUGUGGUUCUUGGGUGCUCUGGUGUGGUUCUGGCACACAUCACAGGGUCGAAGGGCUUCUGGGCAGGGGGCUGACACUGCUACAGCCUGCCAGACAGCUCUUCGUUUCGGGGCAUUUCCUCUCUGAUGGCUUCCUGGAGCUCCUCUGAGGAGCUGUAAUAAGUUCAGCAGUCCUCCAUCGUUAGCUCUAUUAUCUACUAUAUUUUUCUUCCUCCAACAGCUGGGUAACAGGAGCUUGGGCCUCCUAAGAAAAGCCGACUUAAGGUAAAGACCACCCCAGUGGAGUCUUGAAAUUGUACCACAAUUCGUAGCAGCCUCUACAACAAACAGCACGCAAUCAGGACACUCCCAACAAGAAGUUUGUUUGAGGAGUGUCUAGGAACCCAAGUCCAACAAGAAGGUCCAGCUCAAAAAUGCAAUAGUCUUCAUCGGUGGAAGGCUCAAAUAGUACAAACAAAAUAGUUUACUGUCUUUUCAUUUUUCCAUUAUAUACCAAUCCUGUAAAUAUGAAUGGAAAAAACUGGAGAUGGAAAGUUUGGGGAUGGAGAGCAGAGGACAUUUCCUUUAAAUGUAGAUUAAUUUUGUCAUUUGAGUUAGUGAUGCAAGAUUAUCCCAUAUUGUACUAUUUUUGAAAAUGAAAAUCAACGUGUUUUGUUUCCAGCAGGCCUACAUCAGACCUGCGGCUGCUGUGUUAACUUGAGAGCAGGAAUUCUUUUUGUCAUCUCAAUAUCAGUCUUACCCACAACAAAUACUUACCGAGUGCGUGAGUGACUAUGCUUGUCAAGAAUUUUCUUUGUAGAGAUGAAAUUAAAAUUCAAGGUCCUCAUCCUGUCUCCCACAUCCUCUUUAUUUUUCAAAGCUUUCUGUAGCAAUAUCCUGAAAAAUAACUUUUUUGCAAGUAAAUUUCUAAACAGAAUCCUAUCCAAUUUACUCUUGAGUAACUUGAAAAAUAAAUAAAAAUUGGCAUGAAA